AUGUCCAUGUCAGUGUCCAGCCCGGCCCCCCCCUCGCCGUCUGCGGUCUCGACGCUCAUUACCAACUCCGGCGCGAAGUCUGCCUCGGAGGCGCUGGCGCUCGAGAUCAUGCAUAACCUACAACACCAGCACAACUGGACCGGCCUGAAGCGGCAUCUCGUGUCUGUCGCCGCCCCGUCGUCCGGCAGCUCGACGCCCACCACGGCGACCGGAACCAGCACCGGAAUCGUCACUGUCACUGUCACCGUCCCAGUCAUCUCCGGCCUCCCGCCGCAGCACAGCUACAUCCAUCCAGACCUGCAAGCCCAGCUGUUGAAGCAUGGAAUGUCGGACGCGGCGGUACCGGUGCAGCGCGAGUUCGUGCUGCCGCUGUCCCUGGCCGAGAAGUGGUCGUUGGCCAGGUUCUGCGCCGUCUUCGACCAGCUGCCAGAGCGGGACGUGAUCACUGUGCAGGCCACCGGCUCAAGCUCAAGCUCAAGCUCAAGCUCAGGCUCAGGUUCAAGUGCACCCAGCACUGCGCAACGCCGACCCAGUGCGAACGGUCAAGCCAGUGCCGGCCCGCCGCCGUCCAACCCGGCCGUCUAUCAACACCGCGACCAGAAGCGUGUGUUGCUGGGCAUGAGGGCGCGCGAGGGCGGCGGCGGAGACGGCACCGUCGUCUACUACAUCAUGCAGGAAGGCGAGGUGAAGCCUCGACAGAAUGGUUGA